AUGGUCCUGGUGGGAGACCACUGUCAGCUGGGGCCCGUCAUCAUGUGCAAGAAGGCCGCGAAGGCAGGCUUGCAUCAGAGCCUCUUCGAGCGCCUGAUCUUCCUGGGGAUACGGCCGGUCCGUCUUGAGGUGCAAUACCGUAUGCAUCCGUGUCUUUCGGAGUUCCCUUCGCAAUCCUUCUACGACGGCUCGCUGCAGAACGGUGUCACCCUGAAUGAGCGCCUCUACACCGGCAUCGAGUUCCCGUGGCCCCGGCCAGACAUGCCAAUGUUCUUCCUGAACUCCACGGGAGCAGAGGAGAUCUCAGCCUCCGGCACGUCCUACCUCAACCGGACGGAGGCAACAAACAUCGAGAAGCUGGUCACCUACUUCCUGAAAGCGGGUGUGAAACCGUACCAGGUGGGCAUCAUCACGCCCUACGAGGGGCAGCGCGCGUACAUCUGCGCGGUGCUCCAGCGCCAGACAACCUUCAGCCACAAGGCCUACGAGGAGAUUGAGGUCGCCAGCGUAGACAGCUUCCAGGGACGAGAGAAGGAUUUCAUCCUCCUUUCCUGCGUGCGAUCGAAUCAGAACCAGGGAAUCGGGUUUUUGAACGACCCGCGGCGCCUGAACGUGGCGCUGACGCGAGCCAAGUAUGGACUGAUCAUCUGCGGCAACGCCAAGGUUUUGGGAAAGCAGUUCCGCGCUCAACCGUCGCUGUGGGUCAACCUCCUUGGCCACUACAAGAAGUACGAGCUCGUCGUGGAGGGGCCCCUCUCAAACCUCCGCCAGUGCCACAUCACCUUCAGCAAGCCUAUGCGGCUUCCAUCGCGCUACUUCGCCAAGGGCCCCAUUGGUGCCGAGGUGGGACAGUUCGACGAUGAGAAGAGGGACCAGAUGGACAUGGACUACUACCGAGGUAGUGGUGGAUCUGCGGCCUCCGGGACAAACGGGAUGGGGCCCGGCAUGAUGGCCCAGUCCAUGGCGCCCGUCCAGGCCCCCUCGAAGUACUUCAAUGGCCCGUCCAUGUACAGCCAGAGCGGGAGCCUGUCCGCCUCGCAACGCAGCGAGCGCAGCCAGGCCUCCAUGGAUCGCUCCAAGAGGAAGGGCAAGAACCUGCGGAAGCAGGGUGGUGGCACAUCUCAAUCGCAAGGCUCGGCCUACUCCUCGAGUGGCUUUGGCGAGAGCAUGAUGUCCCAGGACCUGUGA